AUGGCGGCCAUCAAGUACAGCGGCAACCAUAACGCGGUCUUGAGGGGCGACACGGAUCUAUAUAGACUGUGGCACAAGAGCAAGCUGGUUGCCCUUGCGGCAUGGGGGCGGACGAGUCGACGCAUACGCUUCACGGGCAUCACGUUGCUAUUCUUAACUCUGACUAUGUGGCUUUUGUACGGCGCGGCGCAGACGGGGACUAUCAACCUGCCGUCGGUGUCGCUCGAGUACCACUACGAACGGCAGGCGACCAAGUUCAACGAGUCCAAGGUGGCGCUGCUGAUUGAGAACCGGCCAAACCCGAUUCUGGCGCCGCUGAUGCUGCACUUUAUGAGCGUGGUGCCGCCCGACUGGCGGUUCCGGUUCAUGGGGUCGGUCGACAGUGUGGCGCACAUGAACAACAGCGUCGCCAUCCGCGAGCAGGUGGCGGCGGGCAAGCUAGACCUGACGUACAUCCCGACCAACAUGACGACGGGGUCCCAGGAGGAGAUUAGCCGCUUUCUCACGACGCUGUGGCUGUACGAGGUGGUGCUGCAGCCGGCCGAGUGGCUGCUCGUCUUCCAGACGGAUAGCAUCCUGUGCGCCAACAGCCAGCAGACGCUCAACGACUAUCUCGACUACGACUGGGUGGGCGCGCCGUGGAACCCCGACGGACGUUUUGGGGGGAACGGCGGCCUCUCGCUACGCCGCGUCAGCGCCAUAAUCGACGUGCUGCGCAACCAGGAGCGGCGCGAUGGGACCGACCCCGAGGACGUCUGGCUCACGGAACGCCUCGGCCACCGGCCCGGCGCCAAGCUGGCUAACGGCACUACCUCGUCCCACUUUUCCGGCGAGAUGCACUCGGGCGAAAAGGCAAACUCGACGACCCCGGCGGUCGACCCGGCCAUUGCCGCGGCACAAGACGGCGCGCUCGUGGCGGGCCUCGACGACUGGCGCUCCGGCUUCUACGAGCCCAUGGGCUACCACACGGGCGGCGGCGGCUCGACGCUGCACGGCGCCAUCUGGGGCACUCCAGCGCUGCGCAAGCACAUCUGGGAUUACUGCCCCGAGGUCAAGAUGACGCUGCACAUGGACGUGGCCCGGUUUGUGCCCGGCGAGUGCGGCGCUCGCUGGCGGCGAGACCUUGACUCGUUCACGGGGGACGACGGCGGUGGCGGUGGCGGUGGCGGUGGCCACGGCGUAGAGACCGAGGUUAUAGACGGCGUCGAGUAUCCCGUGCUGCCGAUGCUGGUGCCGUGGUGACCUUUUAUUUCAGCGAGGGGAAUAUAUAGACCGCUGUCUUUUGGGCAAGCUAUCAUGGCCUUGUCUGACGACGGUGGCAGUUCAUGUGAGGCUGGGUUGUACGUCAUGGGUUUUGGUGUUGGCAUUGUCAUUAUCGUUAGGACUACACGGUAAAAUGGGAGGGUGGGGUGUUAAGGCGCAUAGUUGUUCUAAGGGUAAAGUCAGUGUAUACCACAUAAUGAAGGUAUCUUUGACAAGGAGAGCUGAGAAUUAGAAAAUAGGGCAGCUUCUACAUUACGUGCAUCUCGUAGUUGGGAGACCGAUGUCCGUACCUGUUCACUAACAUUCACUAAUCAAGCAAGGUGUCUUGCAGCCAGCUCGUCCUCGUCCAUAUCGCAUCCUUGCAGUCCGAUGAUGUGAAAACAAAGCACACAGGAUAGAACACCAAAACCUUUCGACUGUGCAUCGAUGUGUGUAUAUACCUACUCACAGACCUUGGUCUAAGUCUGCUCCCCC